AACUGAUUCAGGAACCAGAGGCUAUCUUUCGUUUUGUCAACAUGGGAAAACAGAGUACACAAUCCUCUGACACCAUCAAAUCCUCUGUUCUCAACUGCAUCGACCUCUCCAAUCCCGACAUAAGCCAAUCCGUGAAUUUGCUCAAACAGGCAUGUUUGGAUUCUGGUUUUUUCUAUGUUGUCAAUCAUGGGAUAAGCCAGGAAUUCAUGGAUGACGUUUUUGCACAAAGCAAGAAAUUCUUCUCCCUUCCACAGAAGGAAAAGAUGAAGGUCCUGAGGAGUGAAAAACACAGGGGAUACACCCCUGUUCUUGAUGAGAUACUUGAUCCUCAAAACCAAGUACAUGGAGACUACAAAGAGGGGUAUUAUAUUGGAGUUGAAGUAGCUGAAGAAGACCCAGAAUCGAAGAAACCGUUUUAUGGCCCAAAUAAAUGGCCUGCACCAGAUGUUCUUCCAAGGUGGAGAGAUACUAUGGAAAAGUUCCAUCGAGAGGCAUUAGAAGUUGGGAGAGCAGUUGCAAAGAUAAUAGCCCUUGCACUUGGUUUGGAUGCUAAAUUUUUUGAUCAGCCAAAAAUGCUUGGAGAGCCCAUUGCAACGCUCCGUUUGCUGCACUAUGGAGUUCAAAUUUCGGAUCCCUCCAAAGGGUUAUAUGGAGCUGGAGCUCAUACUGAUUUUGGUUUAAUUACUCUGUUGGCAACAGAUGAAGUCUCAGGUCUUCAAAUAUGCAAGGAUAGGGAUGCUAAACCUCAGAUAUGGGAGGAUGUGGCGCCAUUGAGGGGUGCAUUCAUAGUGAAUCUUGGUGACAUGCUGGAGCGCUGGAGCAACUGUGUCUUUAAGUCCACACUGCACAGAGUUCUUGGAAAUGGUCAAGAAAGAUAUUCUAUUGCAUACUUUUUGGAGCCUAGUUAUGAUUGUCUAGUGGAGUGUUUGCCUACCUGCAAAUCAAAUAAUAAUCCACCCAAAUUUCCUCCUAUCUUAUGCGGGGACUAUAUGACGCAGCGCUACAAUGACACUCAUGCUGAUUUGAAAAUUUAUAAGAAACAACAAGCUUAAGUACUCAAUCAUUUGUGACUGCAGAACCUGGAGAAUUUUCACAAGGAUACUUAUGCUGGCUGAUUUAGAUAUUUACAAUAAGCAACAAGCUUAAGAACUCAGUCUUUUGGAGCUCACCUAGAAAAUUUGUUUCUUAAGUUCUUCAAUUAUAGAGCUUUUUGAUCUGCAUAUUGUAUUAUUAGGAAAAACAGCACCAUACAUUAGCAUUGUUUAGAUUUUUGGGUAGCGGGGGUGUUAGCUAUAUGGUUUGGUACUUGUUAAACAUGUAAGAACAUGUAUGGAAUUAAUGGAUGUAUUUAUUUAUUUUUCAAACUUAAAUUUGGGAAUGAUAGGAGGAUAAAAUUUAGCAUUGCUUC